GAACCGAAUCAAAAGCUCGAGAGAGCGAAUUAGAUAAACAUCACCAAAUAAGGAUUAUUUCUUCACUACAGAGCCGGCUAAAUGAAAAGUCCUCAAGUAAACGCCAAAACUUUGUCUCUAUCUCACAUCCUUUACACCGUUUCAUCUCUAUUAAACCCUACUUUCCCACCCCCUUCUCUCUCUCUCUCUCUCUCUCUCUAAUCGUUUGUCCAGGUGAUUCCAAGCUAAUAUUCUAAAAUAUAUUAGAAAAGGAUCGAUCUCUCCGGCCGUAUGGAAUAUUCCGGCAAAGAAGGAGGGUCGGAAACUUCAAGCGAAGAGAAUGAUCGGCUAGAACAAGUCAAAGACGACAUGGGCGGCACAAAACGCUCCUACGAAUGCACAUUCUGCAGGCGGGGCUUCACCAACGCGCAAGCCUUGGGAGGGCAUAUGAACAUGCACCGGAAAGAUCGAGCCAAGGCCAAGCAAAUCAGAAGCCCUUCGCUUGCAAAGAAAUCAAAAGAGGAGGACUACAUCCCUUCUAGACAUAUUUCAUCGGUCUCAUGCGAACCAUCUAAGUAUUCCACAGUUUUCGAGGCGCAAAGGAAUUACGACCAUAGGUAUUUUCAGCCACACCCACAUGCUAAUUUCCAUCCAAGUGAUCUGUUUGGGUCGAGGUCCCAAUCAUGCAGUAUGAAUCAGGAACUUUUGGGUGCAAAUUUGAGCCUUCAAGUCGGCCCCAUGCAAGUAGAGGAUGAUGGAAUGAAGAGGGGAGUAAACAAAGCUGAGGAAGUGGAUUUGGUGCUUCGAUUAGGUCAUGAUCCAUAUUGAAACUGAUUUCUUUGUGAAUUAUUUAUAUACAUAUAUAAUAUAUGAUUGAGGCAAAAUGGAUUUCAUGAGAUUACUUAUACCUGUAGUUGUAAAUA